AAGAGUAUGGCUGCUUUAGCCCAGCUUCAGGACAGGCUAUCGGUGCUGCGGGAGGAGUAUUUCCGUAGGCAGAGAUCUGCAGAUGAAGGCAGAAGAAUAAAGUACAAAGCAGCUGUCAAAAUCCAGAGCUGGUUUCGAGGAUGCAGAGUUCGAGCCUAUAUGAGAUAUCUGACCAAAAUGGUGAUCUCUAUACAGAAGUGGUGGAGAGGUUAUCAAAGCAGAAGACACUUCAGAAAAAUAGUAGAGACAGCAUAUUUUAUUAUGAAGAUGAAUUUCUACAAUGAAAUGGCUGUCAGGAUUCAGAAAAGAUGGCGAGGCUAUUAUGUUCGGAAAUAUAUCCAUAACUACUAUGCACUGAAGAAAUACCUGGAAGCCCUUUCUUUAAAUAAUGAGGUUGUCAGGAGUGAACUCCAAGAGUAUACAGAAAUGAAAGAAAAUGAAGAGAAAAGGAAAGACCUAGAAAAGAAAGAAAAGGAAAAGAAAUACCAAGCCCGAAAGAUGCAUUACCUCCUUAGCACUGAGCAGAUUGCAGGCAUCUACAACUCACCAUUCAGAAAAUUCCCAGAUCCCAUGGAACUGCUCUUACGGAGCUCAAAGCCUUUAAGCCACAGAGGGCAGCAAAUAAAGAGUCACUCUGCUUAUGAACUCCGUGACUGGCCAACUUGCAGAAGGCCUCCUUCUUUCUUCACAGAACAGUCUUUGCCACUUAUUGGCAGGCAGAAACCUCAGGGGCCUUUCCGUAAUACCGCUGAAGUGCUACAGCAGCGCUACAAGCCUUUGGAACCAACCUUGCGAGUGGCAGCAUCAGUCCAUUUGCCACUAGAGAAGGCCAGGGAGGACAUGAAAAGAGAGAAAUGGAUAAAUGGUAUACAUGACAAUGAAUUUCUGCCAUUUUCUUCAUAUCAUAAAAAUGAGAAGUAUGAGCCAUCAAUUCUUAGGGCAGGCAAAUAUGGCCAAGAAACUUAUGGAUUUAAACACUUCCGAGAAGUACAGCCUAAGAAGUGGGUAGCUGACAAGGACUUUCACACUGUUUCACCGUCGAUUGUUCUCUUCGAAAAGUUUGGAAAAACAUAUUCCAGAGCUGGGCAAAUAGUGUAA